GACAUCACGUGACUCUCGCACAGGCCGGAAGUGUGUCGGAACCUACUGGCCGGAAGCCGGCUGUGUCACAUUCCCCGGGUAGAGAGGAGGUAGUGACCGGCCGGGGUUAAUUUGGUCUCUGGACGCAGUAGAUCUGGUGAGUGUGAGACGCCCAGGAGCCGCCCCCGUGUGUCAGGAGGUCCCAGAGCCCCAUUGCAGUACCUCUGCCUCGCUCGCUGAUACAGGAGAGGCGCAAUGACCAGAAUACUCUAGGACUGACUUAACAAGAUCAUUCCACUGGAGGGGGAGUAUAUAGAGAAACACAGGGGUCUACAAGGACGCAAUGGAAAGUAACCAGCCCGUGCCAUCUCUGGAGGGACCCAGUAACAGAGAUACCCCAGAGAGCUGUCCCCAUCCUGUCUAUUCCCAGGACUGUACAGAGGAGAAUCAGAGGAUCCCACAGGAGCAUCAGGGUGAAUAUGUUGCGGAUGUUAAGGUUGAAGAUAUAGAGGUAGAAGCAGAGACGUAUGUGACGGAUAACAAGGUAGAAGAUACAGAGGGAGCAGAGAAGACGUAUGUGAGGGGUGAUCCGCAGUCUAAGGAGGAGGAAGUCCCUACAGUUAUCAGCACAGAUGCACACGCCAGCAGGAAUACGUCACAAGGAUUUCUCAUUGUGUCUCCAGUUUUUAAAAUCGAGGAUGCUUCAAAUGAAAAAUCCAUUACCCUGAAUAUUCAUCCAGUACUUCACAGUGCAGAUAUAUCUGAACCAGCUAAUCAUGAGGAAUGUUCUCUUGAUAACUCUGGUAUAGCUACACAUAGUGCAGCUCAUAAGGGUGAUUCUAUUUAUUUCUGUUCUGAAUGUGGUAAAAAUUUUAUACAUCAGUCCGUCUUUGUUAGGCAUCAGAAAACUCACAUGGGUGAGAAGCCUUUUCCAUGCUCGGAAUGCGGGAAAUGUUUCACACUGAAAUCAGAUCUGGUUAAACACCAGAGAAGCCACACAGGUGAGAAGCCAUUUCCAUGUUCCGUGUGUGGGAAAUGUUUUACACUGAAAUCAGAUCUGGCUAAACAUCAGAGAACUCACACAGGUGAGAAACCAUUUCCGUGCUCUGAGUGCGGGAAAUGGUUCACGCAGAAAUCGGAUCUUGCUAGACAUCAGAGAACUCACACAGGUGAGAAGCCGUUUCCGUGUUCUCAGUGUGGGAAAUGGUUUACGCAGAAAUCGGAUCUUGCUAGGCAUCAGAGAAUUCACACAGGUGAGAAACCUUUCCCAUGUACUCAGUGUGGGAAAUGGUUCACGCAGAAAUCAGAUCUUGUUAGACAUCAGAGAAUUCACACAGGUGAGAAGCCAUUUCCAUGUUCUGACUGUGGGAAGAUUUUCACACUGAAAUCAGAUCUUGUUAAACAUGGGAAACUUCACACAGCUGAGAAGCCAUUUCCAUAAGCUGAUAGAAAGUGGGUUCCAAUAAUAAUUUAAAUAUAGUAAAUUUAGUUUAAAAUAAAAAAAGGUUCUACACAACCAAGUCUUCAAAAAGUCACUGACUUUAAAAGUUGAAAUUGCCACUGCACUUGGCUAUGGGUUAUAGCAGAUAUACCUUAACUUUAUCAUCAUCAACUACCCAGAACUAGUUCCAUGUCUGGAGGUAAUUAUUUAUAGGUUCCCACAUUAACUAAUGUACCUCUAGCACAAAGUGAUAUAACACAGGUUCAUAUAUAUCAGCACUAAAUGUACAGCUUUCAGUUAUCAAACAAGCGUACACUAGAUUAUAACAAUAACCAGUCUUUCUUACAAGAAGACAGGGAUAUAACUGAGAAAAUAGGUAUCCUCUACACUCAUUGUGAUGUUCAAACACAUCUACUGUGUCAAGUUCCUAUCCUAACCUCUCUCUCUCCACGAGGCUGUGUUUCCAAAGCUUGGUCCUCACAGAACUUCUAACAGUCCAGAUUUUGAGAAUAUCUGUGCUUGAGCACAGGCGGUUACAUAUAAACACCUGAGAUACUAAUGAAGUCAGCUGUGCCGAAGUAUGUUUAUCUUUAAAACCUGGACUGGAAGUUGGGACACACUGCCCUAGAGGCAAGACUCUGUCCAUAAACCUUAAGCUGAAUUAACACCAGCUUGAAUUAUCUUGAGCUCCUUCAGCAGGGUCAACUGUCUAUUUCCGGCCAGAUCCAAAAGACGGGGGCCUAGAACUGGGCACCGAAGUAGUAGGUUCCCCAGUUAUUGCAGUCUCCAACUCAUUUGCUGGAGACACGGAGGAUCUUUUCUGCCUCUUCCCUCUCCACAGGGCUUUUUUGUCAGCUCCAAUAAUCUCUAUUCAGGCUCCUCUCCAUAUGUGUCUGUCUCUUCGCUCUGUAGUGAGUGAAUCUCUCCCUUUUCCUUUCCCAGGCUCUCCCUACGAUGGCCCAGGGUAUCUUAGGUUCUGCCCUUUUUUCCACCAUGUCCACAAGGCUUUGCCUCCUUUUUCCUGUAGGCUUCUGGUAACUGUAGUUUUCUAUUCUUGGUUGAUAAAGUACAGAAUCCUUCUCUAGCACUUUGGACUUGAUGGUUAGUAAGCCGUGGAAGAAUUGUGUGUUAUCACACAGUGGCUCAAACAAUGUCCGUGAGAAUACAUCCUAUUAGUUCACUAUGAGCCGGUGACUUUACUAUAGGUACUUCACGUACUGCUCAACUGUAUUCUAAAUCAUGUGAUCAAAAUGGUUCCCAAACUCAGUCCUCAAGGAGCGCUAAUAGGUCACCUUUUUCAGGUCACCCAGCAGAUGCACUGUGUAUGACCAAUUGGCACAUUUUUAAAAAUUCCGAGGUGACCUGGAAAACAUGAACGGUUAGAGUUCCUUGACGAUCGAGUUUUGGAAACACUGGUCUAACUGAUCUGAUGUUGGACUUUAUGGAACACCUUAACUUUUACAGUCCUAUAGUUGCCGCUUUCUUUAUGCAAGUUACAGUACAUUUCUGGCUUUUAUUUUAUAUUCACCCAUGUAUUGUACACAGUGACUAAAGGGAAAUGUUUUACAGUUGAGUUUGAUUUUAUUUUGUAUUUGAAUUUAUUCUGUUUGUAUAGUGAAUAAGUAGAUGAAAUAACAGUACAGCGCAUCUAUUGGACAUGGCAUGCAAUAUUCUGUUCUGUUCACCAAUAAGGUAAUAAAAUCUAUCAUUUACCAACCA